AUGGAUAUGCUGAUCAAGGAAGCCCAGCUCAGUGGUGGGGUUGACAAGAUCGCAGCUCUGCUUUAUGUGGUCCCCUUCGCUGGGGCCGAGAUCUUGGACGCACUUUGCGUCAAGCCCAUCAUCCAAGAUGCUGCACGGCAUCCACUCCCGGCACGUACUUGGCUACAAUCUGGUCCUUUGCGCUGCGCAUACCAGGAUGGUACGGCCAAAGUACGAGGAUUGACGUGGCCACGUUGGGAGUUCAAUGCCGAAGUGGAUGCGGCACACCAGAAGCAGCUGGCUUGGCACAAGAAGUUCAUUCCGAAGAUUGUAGGUGACAUCCGACAAGACAACGUUUACGAUGUGGACGUGAAGGCACUGCUGUUGCCCAACGUGCUGGAUGUAGACAUCUUGAUGGCGUUGACGCGGACUUGGGAAACUCAUGGCCACGUCUUCUCGAAGCUGCCUAUCCAGGGGGUGAUCUACUGCCUUUGGGACCAGCCUCUUCGACCUUUACAUAAAGUUGCUUCGGUUUAG